UAAUGGAUCGUGUGUGUCAAGUGUGUUUGCAUGUCUGCUUAGACCAACAAGAAAGUAUUCUGCUUCUUUUCUAAAUUUUUUCCCCAAAAAAAAAGAUGAUUUAAAUUUGUUUUUAAACUGCAAGGGAAUAAAGAUUAAUUACUCUAAAAUGUUUGUAAAACAAGCUCAAAUUCCUUUGAAUUUAGUAACUAGAUCUAGUUUCAAUCAAUUAAAAUAUUUAAAAGUUGAUAAAAGAUGUGGAUUUGCGUCUGACACAAAAAAAUCUGAAAAUCCUCAAAAUGCGACUGUUUCUUCUUUUCCUCCUUUAUCAAAACCAUUACCAAAUUUACCAACGCCAAUUUAUUCAACUGUAAAAAAGGAAAAACAGGAAACUAAAAUUACAACACUAUCAAAUGGAUUGAAAGUCGCUACUGAAGAUUAUUUCGGACAAUUUUGUACUAUUGGUGUUUUAGUUAAUUCGGGUCCACGUUUUGAAGUCGCUUAUCCCAGUGGAAUUUCGCAUUUUCUUGAGAAAUUGGCAUUUAAUUCUACGAAAAAUUUCGAAAGUAGAGAUCAUAUUUUACUGGCAAUGGAGAAACAUGAAGGUAUUUUUGAUUGUCAAGCUUCUCGCGAUACAUUUAUUUACGCCGCUUCUGCAGAAAGAAAGGGUUUAAAUUCAAUUACACAAAUUUUAGCAGAUAUUGUUUUAAGACCACAAAUUACCGAGGAUGAGUUAACUGUAGCUCGUCAAACAAUUGAAUUUGAAAUUGAGUCACUAUUAACUCGUCCAGAACAGGAACCACUUCUUUUAGAUAUGAUUCAUGCCGCUGCUUUCAGGGACAAUACUUUAGGUCUUCCGAAAAUUUGUCCCGAGGGAAAUGUUAAUAAAAUAGACAGAAAAAUUCUUUUUACAUAUUUAAAAAGUCACUAUACACCGAAAAGAAUGGUUAUAGCUGGAGUUGGCGUUGAACAUGAUGCUCUUGUUGAAGCUGUUCAAAAAUAUUUUGUGGAUGAGAAACCAAUUUGGGAAGAAGACAAUAGUCUCAUUAUGACGGGAAGAAAUGUUGAUUUAAUUGACGAAUCUGUUGCACAAUAUACAGGAGGACUUGUAGUGAAAGAAGGAAGUAUGCCGGUACAUCCAGAAUCAAGUGGAAUUCCAAGAUUGUCACAUGUUGUAAUAGGUCUAGAGGGUUGUUCACAUCAGGAUCCAGAUUUUAUUGCCAUGUGUGUUUUAAAUACAAUGAUGGGAGGAGGUGGUAGUUUUAGUGCUGGAGGUCCUGGCAAAGGAAUGUAUACGAAAUUAUAUACCAAUGUUUUGAAUCGAUAUCAAUGGAUGUUCAGUGCAACUGCCUAUAAUCAUAGUUACGCAGACACAGGAUUAUUUUGCAUUCAUGCAUCAUCACCAGAAGUUCGCGUUGGAGAAAUGACAGCAGUAAUUGUUCAUGAAUUAGUAUCAAUGGCUGGUUCGACAACAAUUGCUGAAUUAGAAAGAGCGAAGAAACAAUUACAAUCGUUGUUAUUGAUGAAUUUGGAGCAAAGGCCAGUUGUUUUUGAAGAUAUUGGAAGACAAGUUCUAGCUACUGGAUUCAGACAUCGUCCAGAAUAUUUUAUUGAUGCAAUCAAUAAAAUAACAAAAGACGAUAUCAAUAGGGUGGCAUUACGUUUAAGAAAAUCACCUCCAAGUGUUGCAGCGCGAGGUUUAGUUAAAGGACUACCUUCACUUUCAGAUAUUCAAGCUGGUUUGUUGGACGCAAAAGGUGCGAUACCUAGGUCUCGGAGUCGAUUAUCACUCAACAUUUAAUACAUUAUAUAUUUUUACAUUUGUUUUUUCAUUUUUGUUAAUAUUCUUUCUCUUUUCUCUCUGUUUUAAAAAUAAUUAUUAUAAAAAUAAGUUUAAUCAUUUUGAUUUAAUCGAUUUAAUCGUGUGUGAUACAUAGAAAUGAAAUUAUAUAUUGUUUUGAUCUUUUUGUAUUGUAAUUUUCUAUAUAGCAUCCAAACGAGCUGAGGGAUGGAAAUUUGGUUCAAAAUAAAAAAAAAAACAAAAAAAAAAUUGCGUUUUAUCCCAUUUGACCAGGAGUCGCCACGAUUACUUCUUACUUCAUUUUUGAAAUUAAACUUAUUAUUGUAUAUAUAAAUACAUUGUCAAUAAACUAUGUUUCAAACAUUA